CUUUCAAAACAGGUGGUUUUGUGUCUUGCCGUUGCCUUGGGUAGCUCUAUCCUGGGUUUUACAAAAUCUUUUUUCCUUGAGAAGCCAUCUCUUCAAAACCAAACACUCAGUCACCCGAGUGACCCAGAGUCUGAAGAGUCCCACCCUGCCACUCAACUCCGGGAAAGCGCGGGAAGCGUGAGCCAGGAGAGUGACAUCUUGAGCGAAGCUAACGACAUCAAUCAGUCAAUUGUCCAUAACCGCACUUCACGAGACCUAGUGUUAGAGUGCUACGAAAAAGGGGUGUGGAGAUUCGACAAAUGCAGAAAUCAAUUUGUUUCCGAAAUCAAGUGUCUUGUGUCUCACAAAGUAUGUUACAAAAGCCAAGAAAGGUGUGAAGCAGUGCUUGGCUUUCGGAACACGAGCUUCAUAGGAAAGUGUUUUGCGUUGACACUGGGUUGUCAAUGCGCCGCCAGUCAGUUAAGCGGUUAAUAUGACCUGGAACUUUUUCCUCUGGUUUAUCUGAUGAAGCAUAUUGCGUAGUGAUGAUAAAUUUUAAGUAAAAAAAUUAAAGCUAAACAUGUAUCCCUUAAGAGAAUUAAGACACAGUAAAUGAUCUGAUGUAUGCGAGAACGACAAACUGUCAUGCUAAAACGCAUUUGAAAAUAAAUACAGGUUAUAUAUGUCAGUGGUCUGGAAUAAAACUUAGCGGGAGUUGUGAUUGUAACGCACCGUAGAAUGAUAAUCUAAUAAAUUUUCUUGGCUGAAUUCUAAGCUCAUAUUCUGAUAUGUUUUAGUGCGCCAGGUUAUUACUGAGAAUUACUCUUUCUCUAGAACUAACAACAUCAACUUUGUUUUUGGUCAUAGCUUAUAAAAAUGGAGACGAAAAGCGUUUAUUUGUUCUGAUUAAGUUUUAAUAUUAUGACAUUACUUCAUUACCACCAUAUAGUAGUCACGAACUAAUUUUGAAAAUGACAAUUUUCUUAGUGCCCAUAUCCGUUUUUGCUGAUUAACUUCUUCAUCAUCAUCUUCUUCUUUUUCAGUUCCACUUUUUUUCAUUACAGUGAUCUGAGAGACAUUAAGGGAAAUUCCUCCUAAUAUCUCAUCAACAUAUUGUCGGUUAAAACUGGUAGAAUCAUGGCAAACUCCUGGCUUAGUAAGAAAACGAAUUAUGAAGUCCAAUCAGAAUAGGUCGAAUUCUCGGCUGCCUUGUAACUGUAAAACUGGCGUCUACAGUACAUAGUUUGAAUGACAGCCGUCAUUAGAAUCCUAAUAAGUUCAAGAUGAUUAUUUUGUCUAGUUCUUAAAGCUAUGUGAAUGCAAACGAGCGCAACAACUCCCAACAUUUUUGGGCCAAUAACGUUGGGAUUUGUUGCGUCUCUGCUUGCAGUGUUGUGUAGACGGAUGCAACAAGUCCCAACAAUGUUGGGACCUGCAGUGCAUCGUGGGAAAGGAUACAACCCUUAAGACUUUAGAAACCACGUGUAAUGCGCGCGCGUAGCCCAAGCAAUGUUGGAAGAGCUGUGCAAACGGAUCUAACAUUGUUGCGCUACGUUCGGGGAUCACGAAACAGUUUUUGGCUCAAAAGUUUGACCGGUUUUACUGCAACUCCCAACAACACGCAACAACAUGCGACAGGGUGUGCAAACGAACGCAACAUGUAACAUCCAACAAUGUUGGGCGGUCGGCUAACAAUGUUGCGUCCGUUACACGGGGCUUAAAACUGUAAUGCUUUAAAAAUUUGUUUAAUCACGGCGUAUCACACUUAUAUUAUGGCACCACUUUACCAUUUGCGUCAGCCAAAACAUAAGAAAAAAUAUUGAAUCAAAUCUAGUUAGUGAACAGUUCUGAAAAAUAAUAAUACCUAGCUUGUGAAGGCACUGCUAAAAGUCAUUUUUCCACGAGAAUGGUCACACCAUAUUUCAUUGUCCAUCCACUCUGAAGAGUUAUGAAUCUAAAUUACCUAUCCCCAGCAGUCUCCGUAAGCAAAGGGUCUAUGUUUGUUAGCACGGGCGCUCGUUAUCGUGCGCAGUUAAAUCUCAUAAUAACAAAAAGGCCCUGAGAGAACUUAGGUAAUGGUACUCUCAACUAAUGAUAGACCCUAUACUCCCUUCCUCACCUCAUUCUCUACAGCUUUCUUCAUGAAAGGCAAGUUAUAUAUAUUCUCAGCGAGAGUACAACAUGACGUAAUUGUCUUUACUUGAGAUCAACUGUACACUUGUCGCGCGUUUUAGAUCUGAUUUUUUCAGUGCAAUCUCCACACUGUAUCCACGAGUUUAUAAUUAAGAUAUCGACAUCACAUUGUUAUGCAGGUUCUAUACCUACUUUCUUGCACAAGUUAUUUUUAUCAGUAAAACUACGGGGGUUGUAAUGCAACAGAGCAAGUCAGUUGCCGUUGAAAUUCUACAUGGACAUUCUAAAUAUAAAAUCAAUUAAUAAAUGGUAGUGUCAGCUUUAAAAACGAUUUAAACUUGUUUCAAAUCUAUUAUUAGUAUAGCUUGACGUCGCUGGUGGUAUUAAAAUCAUUAGAAGAAUGAGUUCACGAAUAAGACAACACAUUGAAAAACGCGCUCCUAUACAGUAACGUCAAUUACAAUGUUGUCGCACAUUAUAGCAUUGUAGCCGAAAUUAAUUAUGCUCUCUAAUGGAGAAAAUUAUUAGAGGGGCUUCUUUAUGCUAAGUUUAGAAAUGGUUCAAUAGUCGCAAAUGAUACUCUCGAUCCUACUCUAUCGAUACAUUUAUCAGAUAAUUGAAACGGUACUUCUCAGUCAGUCGCUCACAUACCAUGCAUUCUUCGACUAAUACCGGAAGAACUUGACAGUGCUUACUGUUAGAAUCUUCAAAGUGUCUGACUUACCGGCAGCGUUAUUAUAGCUAGAGUAGAGUAACUAAAGGUUUACACACGCUUAAGUCAAGCCUAUAAAGAGGCACUUGCUUGAAUUGUAUGAUUGUAAUGAUCUGUAAUGCCAUUAUUUUGUCUUGAUAAAAUUUUUGUUUUCAUCUGUUCCGGUUUCGAAAUGAGCGUACGCCUUGCUUUUUCUGUCUUUGACUAAUCAUGGGGUUUGCUGAAACGAUUUUUUCCACAAGAGAAACAGAGGAUUUUUGAGAGAAAUGUAAUUUUCCCUUUUACUGCCCACAUGUUGUUUGCACCCAUAAAAGAAGGAACCGUAGUGGCUGUGAACAUUAAGCUUCCCUUGCAAAACAAAAUUUGAACAUAGUGUACGCUGUCUUGGACUCAUCUUCGUAGCCUUAUUUUUAAAAGGACCAUAUCACAUCAACAUGAAUAGAGUAAGUACACAUCGUUUAGUAGGGUAGGCAACCCCGAGUUAAUAAUUAAGCCUGGACCUGGUUCCUGAAAGACUGAUUAGCGCUAAUCCAUGGGAUUAAUUUAAAAUUUUGUUCCGUUUUUGCAUUUAGCCUUUCUAUGUAUUGCUUAGAGUAACAUUUUGUGCUAUCAUUACUGUAUCUCGGAGUAAAGGUUCGACAUUCAGAUUUUGGAAGUUCGAGUUGCAUGCUCCUAGGAGGAAACCUUGCUUAGAAUUUGGCUUAAUCCUGGGUUAAAGUUGACCAUCUUUUGAGGAACAGGGCUGGACUUAUUGAUGGAGUCAAUGAUUUUAAAUGAUAAGAGUUUAUAGGGUUAAUCAGACUUACUUCAAGCCUACACUAUGACAAAAAUUGAGAAAACUAGCUACCGGCAUUCUCCCUCACAUAACACGGGAAUAUAUUUAUGGAUAUAAAUUCAAAUAAACACGGGCCUUAUGAGCUAGCUUCUAAUCCCUUAUUAACAGGGAAACUUCUCCAUACAAAACUGUAUACAAAUAUGUGUUACAAUCAUUUAAAAACAUUUAUCCUACUGAUUGUAAGGUGCUCUGCAGCGAAUUUUAUUAAUUUAGAAUCAACCUAGGUUGAGUCAAUUUAAUUUUGUCCUGUGACUUAUAUCUAUGGCUUCCAAAAUGUCUACUGAAAUUCAACGUUGCAGUUCUGUGCGAUGUGCAGCCAGGAAAAAGUAAAAGUAAUCAGACGAAUUAGCAGCACUUAAUAAGACUAUGAUAUAGUACAGUCUACUUUUUCAAAAACAUUCAUUUUAAUACAAGAAAAUGAAACGAUUUUUUCAAUUAAAAUGAAUGUUAUGGUUCAGAUGUUUUACUUUUUCCUUCAUUUUCCUACUUUACUCAUUUCUGAACGCGCAUAUUUUUCAAUUUCAGCAAUUGUUCCUUUCUUUUUUUAUCAUACUGUGUGGUCCUAGCCCGUCAUUUACCAAACCGUUUUCGCAACAAGUGUCAUCGCAUCGAAACCAUCCAUUAGUUCAUCAAUUACAUGCCGAAGAUUCUCAAAGCCGCGUUGUCUUCCAACCCGAAGAGGGCAUUGACGAAAAGAUUGAAGCCGAGUUUCCCAUCAGACACGCCUCACACAAUAGAACCGCUAGGGACGCUAAUAACCCGUGCUUCCACUACAUAGAAGCGAGAACGUGGGAUUCCUGCAGGCAGAAAUAUGUCGACAAGGUCCAUUGUUAUAGUACGCACACUGCCUGUUAUAGAGCGCUGGCUAAAGGUUAUAGUUACCCCGCCUGUCAAGUAGUGUUUGGCUAUCCACAAGCCAAAUACAUCUCAAAAUGUGCUGCAUUGCCUAUAGACUGCCAGUGUGCUGCCUGA